AUGCUAUCGUUAAUUGAGUCGCUAUACCCCAAGGCCUUCACUGGCCGCUUGCCACGAAAUGACUUGGUUGUAAGGAAGGCCAGGGUUGCAUGGUUCAAGGCAGCGGGUAGCAACUUUCUCCACCUGCAACUACUGUUCCUUGGACUCUUUUGCUAUAUACUGGGCUCCCUCUACCAGCAGUCGAACCAUACGCAUAAUCUUCGAAUCGUCUUUGUUGACUACGAUGGGGGUGCAUACUCAGUUCUUCAAGGAAAAGACUAUCCCUCCCUAAUUGAAAAGCCAGCCUCCGACUUCCCUACCAAAAACGAUCUCCUAGAAGCGGUUUGCAAGACAAGGUACUGGGGAGCUUUCUUUGUCAACAAGGGAUCUUCAGACCAGCUCCAACAGGCAUUGGAAGGGGACGCCACAGCGCCGGGAUAUAACAACUCGGAUGUAAUGGGCUAUGUGUGGAACGAGGCUGUAUAUGCCCCCAUUGUAGAUGCCGCGAUCUCGUCAAAUCUCCGUCUACUAUCCGAAGUGGCCAGGUUCCAAUACAGUAAGGGGAACGGGACAGGCAACAUUCAGUCUGUGUCCAGCAAGACCGCCCUGGGUGUCCUGGCCGAACCAUGGAAGCUCCAAUCUAUAAACAUUCAGCCAACCUCUCAAGGAUCAAGAGCGAUUUAUAACACCGUCGUCAUUAUUUUGAUCAUGAUUGAAGAAUUUUGCUAUCUUGGUACGAUCAACGGCCUCUACGCGCAAUUCAAACUCUAUACCCGCCUCAAGGCGCACCGCAUUAUUGUGGUCCGGCUUUUACUAUCUCUCAUUUACACGUUCAUUGGGUCGCUUUGCGUUGUAGGUGUUAUCUGGGCUUUCAAGGCGGGUUGGGAUGUAAACGGCAAUCAGUUCGUCUUGUCAUGGGCUACCAUAUGGCUCUUUGCCCAUGUCAACUUUCUCACGCUGGACGUUUUUACGAUUUGGCUACCGCCUCCAUUUAUCCCCAUGGCCCUCGUCUCAUGGAUCAUAUUGAACGUCACCUCCUUGUUAUUGCCAUUCGAUCUGAACCCAGCAUUCUACAGAGCUGGCUUUGUUUUCCCGGCUCAUGAGGUUUAUCAGGUGCUUACUCACAUCUGGUCGAGGGGUUGCAAUCCACAGCUUCGAUACGCUUUGCCAAUCUUAUUUGGAUGGGAGGUAGCCGCAUUCUUGUUGAGUGCUCUCGGGGUCUACCGCAGGAGCCACUUUGCUAUAAUUGGAGAAGAGCAACAGGACAAGGAUUUUAAGGAACGAAUUGAUGCCGCUGUGGCAUUUGAGAUGGCAAAGAUAAGGCAGGCAACAGAUUUGCAUGAAGAGGCCACCGAGGAAAAGACGUUAUCGGCGCAUGACGGGAUGCAUUCUGACUUACAUGGCUCCCAACAAGCCGGCGAGCAGGAAACCAUUCGAGAGGAGCUCGCUGAGGUUCUGGAGUCAGUUACAACAAGACAGGAUCGUGAAAGGGACAUAGAAGGUGUCGGGAAUGUUUGCAGCUUUGGACCAACAUUCGAAUUGCCGUUUAAAUAUAAGAAUGGAAGUGAAGGAUCGAGAUGGUAA